AUGCCCCACACAAUCAUCCUCGGUAGUGGCGUUAUUGGCCUCUCGACGGCUUUCUACCUCCGUCAGCAUCAGCCAGGCACCACAAUUCAUCUCGUUGACUCUGCCCAGGAGCUUUUUUCAUCCGCUUCUGGUUAUGCCGGAGGAUUUUUGGCUAAAGAUUGGUUUCGCCCUGAUUUAGUACCGUUGGCCGAGCUAAGCUUUGAAGAGCACAGAAAGUUGGCCCAGGAGGAGAAUGGCAGAGAGAGAUGGGCAUAUGCGAAGAGCGUGACGGUGAGCUAUGAGCCUAAUGGGCCGUUAUUAGGCGGAAAACGGGGAGAAGACUGGCUAUUGGAAGGGACCAGUAGAGCUGGGCUCGUGGAGGCGAGGAGGGAGCACAAAGAAGGCGAGGUGCCGGAUUGGUUGAGGAGAGUUGAUGGCGACUCUGUGAAUGUGAUUGACGAUGGGAGUGGGACGGCGAUUGUAGAUCCCCUAUUAUUUUGCCAGUUUUUGCUGGAAAAAGUCAAGGCUGCGGGUGUUCAUAUUCAUAAUCCUGCUGAGGCGUUGCGCUUGGAAACUGAUGACAAUGGCAAACUCUCUGGCGUUGUCAUUAAGAACACAGAGACAUUGGAAGAAACGGUUAUACCAGCUACUAAAGUUCUAUUGGCAGCGGGAAGUUGGACGCCUAACGUUUUUAAGACGUUGUUCAAGGAUCGCUUCUCCGUCGAUAUUCCCAUCGGAGGUCUAGGUGGACACUCCCUCGUUUUGAAGGCCCCCAGUGAAGUGACGAUAUGCCAUUCCGUCUACACGACAAUGGGUGCGCACUCACCAGAGAUAUACUCUCGGCCCAACGGGGAGAUUUACGUUGCUGGAGUGAAUAGCCCUGGACUUGCUCUUCCUGGACCUACUCUCAAGGCGGCAACUAUGAGCGAGCCUCUUGAAAAGCUGAAGAAUAUUGCACGCCGUCUGAUUGUGACUCCUAAAGGAGAAGAUUUGGUGAUCGUGCGAGAAGGACUGUGUUUUAGACCAGUUACGAAUAGGGGAACGCCGUAUGUUUCGAGAUUGACGGAUGAGAAGCUUGGAGAGGAUACCAAUUUGAGGGAGGGAGAAGAGGGGGGUGUUUUUAUUGCGGCGGGACAUGGACCGUGGGGUAUUAGCCUGAGCUUGGGGACUGGAAAGGUAGUUGCUGAAAUGCUGUCUGGAAAACCAUUGAGCGUUGAUAUCUCUAGUCUGGGAUUCUGA